GAAUGGGCUGCUCGGAAGUAUACUGUAGAGGAGUAGACACACAGUAGUAGAGACGCGAUAGAGGAGUAGUAGAGACACGGUAUGAAGGUCAGAUUAAGCGUGCCAUAUCCAUUUUCAGAUUGACCAUUCAACAUUCAUUGAUCCAUUUAUCCAUCUUGGCAAAGAGGUCCAGAAGUGAAUGAUUCAUUCAAUCAUCCGUUCAUCGCUGACACAUCGAAGGUGAUUGAGAGCGUGUCAGUGAUGAGUAAGUGGCAAUGCGAUAUCACACUGGACGUGCGUCACGAGUUUGUUCAUCAUGACAACAUUGACCGAGCGAAGUAUUCAUGACAUGCAUCAGAAUUAGAGAAAUCCAUAGCGCAUGAUUUGACGAGAAAGCAAAGCAGAAGGCCAAUCAAAGGCCCCAAAGCACAUCCUCAAUGACAUGUCUACAUCUGUGUACGACGGCACGCUGCAGUGACUGCACAUGACACGAUCGCGAAGCCGCCGCAUGGACUCUAGAGACAUAUGUAGGUCCAGCUAGUCUGUGAUAAUUGUGACGGGUAUGCUGUCAUCACGGAAGUCGACAACGGUCCUAUACUCUCCAAUCAUCGCCUCGACAAUACCUUCUGUGGCAACGAAAGCCUCUCCUCGCUGCGCAUCCAAGAAGAGUUUGACGGUCGGCGGCGUGAUGGCGCCCAAACCGAGUUUGUAGGGCCUUGUUCUUUUGGUCGUCUUGGCGGGAAUGCGCUCCGGAUCACUGCGCCAAUCCAGACUCGUUCGGCCAAUCUCUCUGAUAGUAGAUGCACAGCAGUGACAGAUUCAUGAGCAGACUCCCGCCACAGGGCAGGGGACAUUGAUUCGUGUGGUGCAUGACGUGUUCAUCACUGACUGUCCAUCUGCAAACAUAGUUGUGUCGAUGUAGAGCAGCAGCAGAUCAACAGAGAAGGGGUUUUGGACGAUGAGACGAGAGUUGAUGUCCGGGGGCCUGCCUGGAGCUGGCAAUGCCUGCGAAGCAGCAGACACGUCAAGCGAGACAUCAAGAGAGACAUCAAGAGAGACAUCAAGAGAGGUACACACAAUGUGUGGCUGACCCCCAUGGUGAGUUCUGCGCCCUGCAUCAACUCGGCUGUCCCCCCUCCCAGCGCUAUCCGUGACUCCCAUCGACUCAGCGCCUUCUUCAGCAGCUGCACAUCCGUGCUGCCCUCACUGCCCUUGAGCACCACAGCAAUGUCCUUGCCCGACACAUAUUGCGAUAUCACCCGCCGAGGGCCCUGAGCUUUAUCACCCGACACCGUGGGGAAUAAUCGCACAUCAAUGGACAUCUUCGCCUCUGUGCCGGGGAGCAGGGCCAGCUUGUAGAUGGUGACCUCACCCACGUGCACCAGCGUGUCUCCACUUUCCGCUGGAGGCACCGCUUCCUCGACUGCACGCGGCGUGGCAGCAAGCGAGCCCCCUUCAGCAGACAUGGGGGGAGGGAAGAGCCGAGGCCGCUCCGGAAGAUCCUUCUCGCCAACGUAGAUAUCCAGCCGCACGUCGCCUAGCUCGGCGCCGAAGGAUGCGCCACCCUUGAGACCGAUCUCUGUGCUCAUGAUAAGGCCAUCAGUCCGGCCACCUGAGACGGUGACGUUUCCUACCGCCAGGGAAUCGUCGCUGAUGCCACCCAAGUCUGCAGGGCGAGAGAAAAGCACAGCAUAUCAUCAAGCACCAGCCAUAGACGUGCUCAAGCCACUCCUUCUUCUGUCUGUCCGUGUGUGUGAGUGCAUACGUUUGAGGUCCUGGUCGAUGUUAAUGUUGAUGCCAUCCAGGUUGAGCUCGCCGAGGUUGGUCGCGACCGCAAUCGAUGCCUGUCCGGCCAAGUAAAGCCUUGUUGCCCCAGGAUCAUAAAAGACAGCGGCGAGGAAGUCCUCGAAAGCACUCUCCUCACUCUCUGCGACCACGAGCAGGGCAUCAUCGAAGACUGCUCGGAAUCGUAAGGGCUCUGGGGCUGAGAGGUCAGCUGUGGUGACGGUGAGCCGGCCGAUUUGCACCGGUGCAUCUUCAGGUUCGCCGUCCAUCUCAGGGAGAAAGGCACGAGACAGGUCCGUGACCAAAGUGACCCGGAUUAUCUGAGCCAAAAGGAAAACAUCACUUGCUUCUCACUCUCCCUGACUAUGCACUAACGUCAAAGAAAAUGUCGAUUCCUUCCGGCAGCGCAAGUCCCACCGCCACAUCGCCCUGCAGCACGGGGCUAUCACCCCCCACAAACGAAAUGACCAGGCCGCCGAUUUCCACGUCCCUCAGGAAAGACAUUCCCGUGCUCGUGAGGAGAGAUAUUUUCAAGGAUAUUGCCAUCUCUAUCGCAGAUAUGGCCUGCUUCACCCAGUAGGGAGUCGGGGAGUCGUCUUUCUCCGCCCCCUUAAGUGUAAUCGCAACGUCAUCACCUGACACGACCGACGUCAUCAGGCUGGCCGCCGUAGGGAGGUCAGUGUACCCGGGGGUGAGCUCUCCGACGAUGUUAAGGUUGUUGCCGCCUGAGCUGAGUCUGAGAUUGGGUGCGGUGAGACGGGCAAGGGGCUUGUCGUCGACAUAGGCAUCGAGUUUGGCGGUCCCAAUAUCCAUGUAGGCUAUCAAGGGACCCGUCCGCCCCACCGACUCUGCCCCACCGACCUGCAGGUUGACGGCCGCGUCGAGCUGUAGGCCAUCACUCGCAUCAGACAAGCCCCAAUUUUGCAGUCCUCCCUCAUCGACACCGACACCAAGGCCGGAGAGAGUGAUUUCAUUGCGGAAGGGAAGAUCGUACACGUAAAUGCGGCCAAGGUCGGACAUGACGGAGGCUUCUACCGUCCCAUAGACGGUGAGGGGGAGGCCUCCCUCUCGCUUCGCCUUCCCUCCCACAAGGUCGGCAGCCAGAGCACCGAAAGCCCUCCCUUUGUCGGGGAAGAUGAGAUCCGUAUCCUUGAAGGAUAGAAUAGCGACCUGCCUGCCGCCUGAGGAUUCAGUGGUGACGUCCACGAGGCCGGUGUCCGCAUAUCCAAUCAGAUCGUCGCUCUGAUUGAGCUUCAUGAUCACCCGGACCUGCUGCACUGUGAUAGGUAAGUCAGGCCCUAAAGGCGAUUCAACCCCUGCUCGCACAAUAGCUUCGAACAUAACGGCAUCAUUCACAGAAUCGUCGCUCCCGCGUCGUGCAGUGAUGCCAAUGUCCGAGACACGGACGUCACCAAAAGCCCCACCGCUGUCUCCGACCACAUCUAUGUCGACCUCAAUUGCCUGGGCCACCUGCUGCAGCCACUCCGGGCUUGCCCGCCAUGAAGCGGUGUCCUCUAGACGGAUGGACUUACCCACCAGCUUCAGAGCUGCCGGUUUACCCCCAAUGUACUGCGAUACGAACGAGUCGAGAGCGUCGCGGUCGCUGCCAGUCGUCGGCCGAACAAGUGAGCCCACUACUGCCAUCUUGUUGGCGCCUCCCUUGAGUGCCAGCGGCUUCAAGCUGAUGUCUCCAAGAAUACUGCGUAUGGCGUUCUGCCCGGGCGGCAUAUGUGUCACGUCAAAGACGGUAGUGCCGAAGUUGAGGCUUAACGGGAAGGACUCUGGCAGGGCGAGAUCUAGAGUUGAGACAAUGCCAAGUCCGGUCCGGCCGGGGGGAGGAUCACCGAACUGAAUCUUGUCCAGUGAGGCGCUGGAUAGGUCAAUGGACCCAGCGUCGUCUCCCAACAAGGGCAAAAUAGUCUCAAGAGGCAUUUUUCCGAUAGGCAGGGUGCCAAGAAUGCUGCCAACCGUCACUGCGGCUGCACCGACAAGCUGCAGCGUAAGCUGCUGUGCUGACGGCCGGUCUUCCGAUAGUAGCAACUUGACCAGGUCGGCAAAUGCCUUGCCGUCUUCCUCUACCUUCAGUGUGCCCUCAAACUCCCAGCGGAUGUUGAGAUGGUUUGUGUUGACGCCUGUCUCCCUGUUCAUGAGCACUGCAGUCUGUGGUGGCACACGAAGAACGCCGAUCUUCUUGCCAUUUGGCCCUUGAAGAUUGCCAUUGAUGGCGAGCUCUUGCACAUCGAGACGGGAAUCUGGCCCAAGCGGAUCUCUGACCCUAACCACUAGGGCCCCCCUGAGCUGCACAUCGUCGUCCCCAACAGGCUCCAAGCUCAGAGACGAGGCGUCUACCGACUCGACAAGGGAGUCGCCACCCAAGAUGCUGAAACACGAGAAGGAAGGAAUGAAGUGUUCCAUGUACCAUUGAGACUGAUCAGCUCACCCAGUAGUCGGCAUGGAUAAUGCGACGCCACUGAGCACCCGGGUCAGCCAAACAGGCGGUCUCUGCCUCAUGGACCUUGGCAUGAUUUUUAUCGUCGCCAUGUCAUCGCUGCCGAAGAGCGCAUUCACCAGCUCGCCAAAGAAUGCCUCAGAGUCCACCCCCUGGGGCGACUGCAGCAUGCCCCUGACCUCCAGACGCGACUCCUUUGGCGCUGGCGCCAGGUUGGUUUCCAUUGUUCUGAAAUCGCCUAUCCUUUGCGUGGUCCCGCCGACGUCCCGCUGUACAAUCCACUGCAUAUCGGCAAGUCCCAGGCCAAUUGGCGCAGGAUUGCGGAUAGUCAGUGCCACCGAGAUCACCAUUCCGUUCGCACUCUCGCCGGACUGCUGCAAUGACCGCGGCCCGCCUUCUUGUGGCUGAGGUUGCAAAAAGCCUGGUGCGAUGGGAGUAUCGGAGCCCGAGGGGAAGAGAAAUUCCUCGAUCGUCAGAUUGUGCAUCUCGAACAGAGACGUGGCGGCAUCUCCCUCGUCUCCUGAGCCCCCCAUGGACAGCUCCCUAUCGAUCUCCACUUCGCCCAAUUGCAAGCGGCCUAAUGGGGUGUCGACAGUAGCAUCUAUCCUCCCGACUAACCGAACAACAUCAACAGUGCCAGAUGAUGUCUCCUCGCCGACAGAAUCGAAGAUCCUCUGUUUGAAGGUCACGAAAGUGUCGAGAUCGUCCACUACGAGGGGGACGGAGAGCGGGACCGUCACGGCAAGUCGGCUAGAGCCAUCACUCUGAAGGAGACACAAUGAGGCAGAUGAAGUCCCGCCUUCUGUCGGAGGGUUUCUGCUUACACCAUUGACGUAUCUCCUAUCCUCCGUCUUGACGGGUGGAGACUCGAUCCUCCCUAACACAGGCGCAUCGUUUCUUGCUCCAUUCACCAGUGAAAGAGACAUCGCCACAGAUUCGAUCACAAUGUCCUGAGAUGAGCCCAAAGGGUUGUUGAUCACGACGUCAAAUGAGCCCUCCAUGGGAAUGGCAGACAGCUCAGCACCGUCCUGCACUUCGUCGAAGCGCAAAUACAAGUCCUGGGUCUCAACCGAUUCAAUCAAUUCUCCCCCACGGAUAGACUCCGUCAAGCUGUCUAGGCUGAACGAAGAAUUCCCCGCACAAAUGAAGCCAGGAGACAGACAGAUCACGAGGUGUAUGGAAUGACAUGCGUCUCUUAUGACCUUGUCAUGGUCGUAUCGAAUUUCACGCCCUCCGCUACUUUCGUCACCCAGGCCGGCAGCAUCUCUUGUUCCCCGCUACUGGUCCCGACAGGGUAGCCUAGUCGCACCCCUUCCAGUCCAAUUCUCAAAGGGGUGGCUGCCAGAGCCGCCUGUAUCAACUCCUGAGCUUGCCUCUCGUUGGCCUCUGUGCGCCAUAGGUAGCCCCUAAGCCGCACUUGGUUGUCGCCCGGCUCGAGUACAAAAGGUGUGUUAAUCUCCAGUGCACCGACGUCUUGGUUGCCAUAUCUCAAUGCGCCCAACAGGGUCAGUUUGCCGAAGUCGAUCGUCAACGCGAGGGUUGACGUCAGUGUGAUGGCAAUCUCUGUCGCAAGCUUGCUCUGAAGGACCGCCACUCUGCCGUAUUCCCCAAAAACAUUCGCCAUUUCGAGGGCCGUAAGGUUGUCGAAGUCCUCGACGAGACGAAAGUCAUCCACACUGACCUGAAGGCUUUCUUUUUGCUGACCAUCCUCUGCCUCGCCAGACAGAUCGAAAUUUGAAGUUACACGUAAUCCGUCGAGGUUCAGCCGGCCCAGUGGAGUCUGCACGUCGACUCUGGCACUACCUUGGAUGCCAAGAGGGGCGGCAAUCGUGGUCGUACGCUCCAUGAGGCUGCUGACAGUAUCGGCAAAUAGCGAUCCAUCUCCCGUGGGGCUGAGAAUGCCCUGCAGGGGGAAAUCAAGACGGAUCUUGCCGUUGUCGAGCACCUGCAUGGACCGACCGACACACAAACUGGACACACUUCCAUCCUACAAUGUCAGAUUGUUAUCGGUGUCAGUUCACAACUCGCCUUCUGUUCGAUCGCAAGGAUCUUCGUCUGCUGUUUGACUUCAGCGAAGCACUCCCCGCGUCUCGACAGUAGAUUAGCACUCAACUCGAGGUUUUCGACCGUCACGGGCGACCGUUCCCCCAACGGGUUGACAAUGAUUACCCCCACCUCAGCUACAACACUUAUGGCUCGCUGUGGCUCUGUCAGGCCUCCUAGAUCAGCCUGGAGACCGCGUAUCGACACGUCCUCGACCAAUUCACCUCCACCCGUCAAAUCGCUCAGUGGGGGAAGCUUCGUCUCGAUGGCCACCGUGCUCAAUGCCUCCUCAAGCCACUUCGGCGGCCCUCUUUCUUGCACAAAGGGCACUGUCUUGACGAUCACGGGAAGAUUGCCGCCUUUGACAUACUCGCUGAAACGCCGAGACACAACGGCUAGGUCCGAGGCUGCCGGGUUGAGUCUCCCGGUGAGCUUGAUGGGCGUCCUGCCUGGGCGCAGGUAGACCGCUCUUGCCUGCACGAUGCCAAGCAGCACAGCCAAAGCCCGUGCCUGCAGCAGACGUCUGGCGGGAUUGGCAGGGCCAGCGUCACUGGAAGGUGGCAGGUACAGUUCGAAGGAGAGGUCACCCAAAUAUAGCGAUGCCUCCGAUGGGUUGAGGAUGUCUGCCGUCGCCGAGAUAGCAAGUCCCUGAUCGUCCGGCGGUGGCCCCUCAAAGACGAACGAAUUCAGGUCGACCGAUAUGCCCUCGCUCUCCUGGCUGCCCAUUGGGAGUGUCAUAUCGAGAGGUAUGGCCGACAGCUGCAGGGGAAUAUCAAAGUAUGUCCGAUCCCCAUCGUCAUUGACAGUGGCGCUGACGUCGAUGUUCAUUUCCGCCGUUCCACUCAUCCGCAGCAAGGCAUAACCCUCCCGAGCAAGGUCGGACACGAAAGCUGCGAACGGUAUGGUCAGGCCUGGCUCGCGAAGGGCUGCAUUGUCCAAUGCGAGAGCCUCCCUCUCGAGAGUGAUGGUGUCAUUGAUCUGGAAAAGCAGUCUGAGCUUGUCGUUGCCGUCCACUUGCUUAACCUCUUGGACUAGAGGAGCGCGGCUAGAGAGAAUCAGGCGACCGAUGGUGAAUGAGGGAGAGUCCUCGCUCUCUCGAUAAUAGAGUGUGGAGUUGAUGGAGACGUUGCGGACGGCGAAGGGCACGUCGGGGCCGAAGGGCCUGAUGGCGGUGGCGUCAAGGACACCUGAGAUGAUGAUGGUGUCUUCAUCCACCGGCUCCAGCGACAGGUUGAGAACGUCCACAUCUUCCAAGAGCUCAUCGCCCAGGCCACUACGAGAAAAGACACACACACACACCAGAGGAGCAUUUGUGUGUUCCUGAUGAGUGUGUGACUACAUCUUCAAUUGGUGCGUACCCAGCCAGACUAAAUUCCAAUGCCAGCUGAUCGACUAUCGAACCCAGCCAUGGAGGCAUCUUCGUUUGCGUGCCUUGCUUGUCGUCAUGGCCAGUCACUUGGAUGGGCAGCGAUCGACCCUGAAACAAACCUUGUACCAAUCUGCUCAUCUCCUCCGGCACAGUAGACGCUUGCGCGUGCUCAUCCGCCGCUAUCGGACCUUCCAGGCGUAGCCGAGACACGUCUGGUGCUGGCACGAUGGUGGGAGACACCAUCUUCAGAUCGCCGCGAAGGGCCAGUGAUUUGAGGUAUACAUGCAGCGGUAGAUCCAGGUCAUCGAAUAUCACGCCGAACUCCGAAGGGUUCGCUACAGCAACGUCAAUCAAGACCUCCAUCGUGAGGUCUUUCGUCGCAUACGAGCCCCCCGGUCCCCGAAACGGCGAUGACGGGUUGAUCUCCAGCUUCGUGACUUCGAACAUGACGAGCUUAGGCCCUAGGCUGUCGAAGAGAUUACCUGGCGGGAGGGAUGUGACCUCGUCCACCGGCAGGUUGGAAAGGUCGAGGCGACCAAUGGGCGUAUCGACGCUUGCUGAUACAUUGGCGUUGAUAAUCAGCCCGACAGGUGCAUUCGAAGCUCUCCCACCGAACAGAGUGUCUGUGGCAAAGGAAACAAUUGUGUCGCCGCUCCCGAUAAGGACCAUAUCGCCGAUGAGUGGCAUGCGUAUAGCCAGGUUGUCUGGUGUGCUGGCGUUCAUCAUGAUGGCCUUGCUGGGGUAUGUAUUGACGCGCGUGAGAGGGCUGCCGUCGGACCCGCUGAUGGUAGCGGCCAGACUGUAAGUCUCCACAAUCACCUGCUGUCCUCGAAGGGGGUUCUGAAUCUCGACGUCGAGGGUGAUAUUCAGUGCCAGCCGAUCAGCGAUCUCACUGAUGGUGACAGUCACGCUGUCGUACUCGAGACUUUGCACCAGCUCUGAGACACAGCCCGCCGUCUCACUUGUCUUUUUGGUCAGCUCGCACAGGGGUGGAAGCGUGGUGAUGGUCUCGAAGGAGGACACAGCGUCAUAAAACCAUUGAGGCCGGCUUGGAAUCCUCUCUGAAAAAGUCCACAGUGCGCCCUUCGGUGGCUGGACGAUCGCCACUCGCAAAGACAGAGGCUCCUCGCGCAGAUAGGCUGAAAGCCCUUUAGAGACUGCAGGUAGGUCACUCUCGUCAGGCCUCAAGCGUCCCUCGAGAGCUAGUGUGUUGUUGCCUGGCAUGAUGUUGACAUUGUACGCCACCAGGUAGCCGAGGAAAGCCGCGCUCUGGAGACGUCUCCCUCUCGACAACUGUGCAUCGCCCUCCAGUGUGAUUUCAAAGGCAAGGUCCCCCAGCGAGAUUGACGCGUCUGAAGGGUUGAUCAGCGUGGCGUUGGCAGCAAGGUCAAGUGCAUCUUCCUUGCUGGUGGAUACAAAGUCGAAAGCCGACAACUCGAUCGCCAGACCUUUAUCGGCCCCACCUUCGCCGGUGUUGCUUCCCAGGCCCGUGAGCUCCUGUGCUGUCUCGAUGGUCAGGUUGGGAAGAAUAAGUGGCCCCAGUGCGGUUUCCAGUCGCACUUCAGCGGCACCUUCCUUGAUCAACAUAGAGACCGACGGCUCAGUCAGGAAUGCUCUGGUGAAGGCGCUGAAGGGCUUCCCAUUCUCUGUUAGCGUCAUAGUGCCAUCGAGGUCGAACUCCAAUGGCCUCUCAGCAGACAGGUGGCGGCCCGCGUAUGGGUAUCCAAUAUAGCUGGACGUCUGCUUGACGAUUAAGCUGGACGCAACGUACGGGCCAUUGCCAUUCAGCCAAUCGUACUUGGACAUGUCUGCCGCAAACACGCACUGGCAAUGCACACAGUCUAUUGGUUAUCCCUCUGCAAAUGCUCUGUUUACUUGGAGGCGAGUCGCCACGUGCGACUGGCUUGAGAAGGGCGCGCAGCUUGGCGAUGCAUGGCUCUCCUGCCGCAUUGCCGUCAUGGAUGGAAGCGGUCAUAUUCACCUAUGUAGCAGAGCACACCAGCAGCUUUGAUGAUGCGAAUUAAACCCCUUGCUUUUCUUCUCUCUUUCCCUCCUUGCUUUCCCUCUCACCUGAUCGACAUCUAUCGGAGAGUUUUCCCCCAAGGGAUUCUCGAACACCACCUCUACCCUGCCACCAAGGCCAACCGUCGUGCCGCUCGCAGUCGAUGGUUGGUCAUCCGGGGUUAGGUCGAUCCGCAGGCCUUCGAAGGAUAGAGAUUUGAACACGCCACCCAGGUUGGGCAGAGGACCGAUCGAUGGAGAGACCUCCAGUGCUUCGACAGCAGCUGUGAUGUCGAUACACACACACAUGAAAAUCGUCUUCUGAUCAGCACAGCCCUCACAUCUUUCUCCUUGACCCCCUCUGGCCGUGGCUUACUUACAGUUGAAGACUGUCUUGGUCGUCCCGUUGCCGUCCACAAUCACAUUUUCUGGAAAUGCGCCGUCAACCACGGCCGCCACAAAUUUACUGAUCACCCCCGCCCUCUCCGGAGACCCCUCCCCGGCCACAACCACCUCCAGCUUUCCGUUCAUCUGCCACUUGUUUUGUCCUGGCUGUAUGGACGCCUGGCUGGCUUUAAGGGAUCCGACAGAGAUGCCUUUGUAGACAAGGCUGAGACUGACGUCGCCGAGCUGGUUGAUAGUCAGCUUAGAGGCAGACUCGAAUUGGGCGGUGAAGGAGAUGUCGACCCCGCCGGAAACCUUGUCACUGCCGUCCAUUCUGAUGUUUCCGGUACUAAAGUUCGUCAGAGCUGAGCCCAAGGAUGAUCCCAUUGCUGCACACCGAGUACACAUGAAGCCAGAAUACAUGUAAGAGCUUCUGUCUCGCUAUGUUGUUGAAUCGGUCACCAUCGGCGUCCAGCGUCCUGUCGAAUUCCAGGUCUGAUAUGCCGAUCUUGAUCCCAAUCAAAGUGAUGUGCACUGUGAAGGGCUUAGGAGCCACCACACGCCACGUCGGCCGGCUCCCAUCGCCACUUUCUCGAACCAGCUGUGCGGUAAAGCGAUUCCACGCAUCGAUGUCCGUGAUGGUGAAGGAGGUGUUGAAGGCAAGCGCGGAUCGGCUGCCCUUGAGCCGCAUCUUUGGCAUGGUAAACCUGCCGAGUCUGCUCUCACCGCUCGCCUCCACUCCAUACGUGUCCAGCGAGAGUGGUGGCAAAUCGGCCUCUAUGUCCGAACCGAAACUGCUGCGGCGAAGCUCGGCAUCGAUCUUAAUGUAAAAGCCGUCUUGUCUCGGUGCGGUGAUAUUGAUGCUGUCGAUGGCCAGCUCACUCGAUCCAAUGACUGACUCGACGAUAGGCUUCAGGCCGACAGUAAAGAAAAGUGCCAGACCCACACCCAUCAGCAGAAGCAAAGCCACGGCCACAAUGGCCGAUAUACAUAAGCAGCGCUGCCAUCGAUUGCCUCGAAGCGGCCGCGUCAGCCAAGCAAUGACUGAGCCGCCUAGUCUCUUCUUCCCGGAGGGGGAGAGUUCGGUGCGCGAGGAUGGAGCAGGUUGCGGGCUCCGUGGCGUAGAUGAUGGUGAUGACGGCUGACCGGCUUCCAAUCUGGAUCUGCCCGUGCACGGAGAGGGGGUCGCGGCCGAGCGGUUGGCUGCAGGGCUGGCCGCUGCUGGGGCUGCGGCUGAUCUUGCCCAGGACGUGAAGUUGAGGACGCG